CGUAAUGGCGAAGGAGAUGGGUCAGUGUGUAAUGCACAAAAACCCUUGUCUAGUAUCAGUAAAAGAUCUCGUGGACAUCAUAUUGGCACCAGAUAAAGAUAAUCCCAAAAGUUUGGACAGGAGACCGUUUGACGAAGUAUACGAUAACAUUUUCCUUGGCGGAGAGCAAACAGCUGUCAAUGAGAGUGAGUUACGAGAACUUGGUAUUACUCACGUUUUAAAUGCUGCUAAAGGAACGAAAAAAUUCUCUCAUGUCAAUACCAAUGCCGAAUUCUACAAAAGUGGAAUUAUCUUCCAUGGGAUUCCAGCCACUGAUAUCCUGACGUUCAAGAUAAACAAGUAUUUUAAAGAAGCAYCAGACUUCAUUGAAAGUGCAGUUGGAUCAAAGGCAGGUGGCAAAAAGGAUGGAAAAAUUUAUGUGCACUGUAAGGAGGGACUGAGUCGUUCAGCUACUCUUGUCCUUGCUUAUCUAAUAACCUGGCAAGAUAUGAACCUUACAGAUGCUGUACGGGCUGUAAAGAGUAAAAGGAGAAUAAGCCCAAACCCUGGCUUUCUACAACAGUUAAUUGAUUAUGCAACCAAGCUAGAUCAAUGUCGGUGAAGAUGGUCAUGGCAUGAAUAGACCUCCUCUGCUCUGGCAUGUUUUCACAUUUCUGACCACGUCAUUCCCUAGAGUAUCAUUUCUUUGUUGUACAGUUUCACUGGGUUGCACAUGAGAAGACCCAUGAAUACGAAUAUAACUCAAGAAAAGAAUGUUAUUCUCAAGGGAAUGACAUGUGUUCUGAAAUGGCAAAGCAUUACACCUGAGCCAAGGAGGUCUAUAAAGAAGCAUCAGACUUUAUUGAAAGUGCGGUUGCAUGAAAUUCGGGUGGCCAAAAGGAUUGAAAAUUUUACAAGAUAUGAACCUUGCUGAUGAUGUAAAGAGUAAAAGGAGAAUAAUCUUAUCUUACAGCAUGUUUGCACUUAUAUCCUUAGCACUAGUGUGUCCGAGGAUUAUAUGCUAAAUUGUGAAUGUGGGAACCCAAUGUCCUCUGAAAAAAAGGUGACCUACUGGUGGACCUACCUUUAAUGCUAARGGAAGAAUAAGAAUAACAAUUUUAAUUAAAUAUUUAUUUAUUUAUUCAAAAAUAAUAAUAUUAUUAUUUGUCUCAUAGAAUAUUUAAUGAAUUCGUUACUAUAGAAAAACACACUUUUUAUUUAAUCUUAGUCAUGUUAAUGUUUUAUUUAUAUUUCAUUUCUUGUUCAUAAAUGAGUUCUCAGUUCUACUAUUCACACAAAAAUCACUCAUGGUCAUUCGUAGAUAAACUAUAAUGUAAAUAUCACUUCAAGGGAUAUCAAGUCUUUGUACUGACAAAACUGUAGACAUUGUCAAUGAUUUAUAUUUUAAGAUUCACUUGUGUAAGUAUUUUAAAAUAAUUUCAGCACAAAAAAAAUUUUUUAGAUAAAAUUCCAUAUAAGAAAUAUAAGAAAUUUUUGUAGAUGUAUAGUGAUUUAGAGCACUUUCCAUUAAGUAGAAUUGAUCAGUCCAAGUGGCCAUUAGUUCAAAAAUGGUAAGCAUCAGUUCUUCAUUAGUUCUAGUUUGGGCCACAUUGGUCCAGUUUUAAGAAGUGACAGGUACCAUUUGAGAACUGGCCACUUUGACCGAUCAGUUCCAACUUAAUAAAAGCACCCUUAUUUAGUGUAUAAAAAAACUAUCUCUUU